UUGUUUUAUUGUUGUUUAAUCAAUAAUGAAAUCAUCAAUCAAAAGCGAAACUUGAAGGAGAAAUGGCACUUAUAGUGGAAAAUUCUACUGUAACUACCGAAAAAACGCAAAGUGACGAAAAUGCGAAAUACACUGGUUUGGACAGUAUCUAUAAAGGACCCAGGAUGACCAAAGAAUAUAUAAAAAAACAUUGCAAGGAACAACGACUAUAUCAAACACCCCACCUGAAUGACGUCUUAUAUCUCCAUUUUAAAGGGUUUUCUUACAUAGAAAACUUAGAGGAAUACACUGGACUAAAGUGCCUUUGGUUAGAAAAUAACGGAAUCAGAGAAAUCAGCGGAUUAGAUCAUCAGACCGGUUUAAGAAGCCUAUUUUUGCACUACAAUCUGAUCAAAAAAAUUGAAAACCUUCAGUGCUGCCCUGACUUAGACACUUUGAAUCUCUCGCACAAUCAAGUAAAAAAAAUUGAAAAUCUGGAAUCAAUUAAAAUCCACACCUUAAACAUGUCCAACAACUAUGUGGAAUCGCUAGAAGACUUUGAGCACCUAGAAAAACUUGUGGAACUCUCAGUCUUGGAUUUAUCAAAUAAUCACAUAGAAGACCCAUUGAUUGUUCAAGUGUUGGGCAGCAUGGUCGGACUAAGAGUUUUAAAUCUAAUGGGAAACCCUGUUAUAAGAAAGAUCCCUGCUUACAGGAAGACUUUGAUACUUGCUUGUAAAAACCUUCAGUACUUGGAUGAUAGACCAGUGUUUCCUAGGGAGAGAGCCUGUGCAGAAGCAUGGGAACGUGGAGGCAUAGUUGAGGAACAUGCAGAACGAAAACGUUGGGUCGACAGAGAAAGACAAAAAAUCAUGGAUAGCGUUAACGCGUUAAUUAGAAUUAGGGAUCAGAGGAGAGCAGAACGUCAGGCUCAGGAAGGCUCUCAAAACUCAGACAGUGGCUUUUGUACUUCACUUGCUGACUCCGAAAGCGAAGCUGAGAGUCUUUCGCAAGCUCAUUUGGAAGGAUAUGCUGAGGGAGCAAAUAAUAAUGAAACCCUUGAUGAUGGUGUCUCACUUCCACAAGCAAGUCAAGAUACAUCCUCUGAAGAAGAACAAGUGUACAACUAUGGCAAAUCAGUGGUUGAAGAUGAAGAGCGACAAGCCAAUGGUGCAGAUGAGUCUGAAUCUGAAUCUGAUGAUGAUAGUAACGAUUUUAUGACUGAUAAACAGACUACUGAGGACUAUUCAGCUUAUAGGACAAGAAUUUUUGACUUUUCUAGAAAGAUUCCUUAUCAAAAGAAGCCACUCAUCCAAGAAAUUGAUGAACCACAACCUUCCACCAGUAAGGAGGGCUUAUUGGAUGAAGAACAAUUGGUCUCUCCUAAAGAAAGCCAACCAGAAGAGAAAGAAACAGACACCACAAAUUCAGCCGGGCAGUUUCAAAUGAUCAUUGACGAUAUGUGUAAGAUAAUUGAUAAUAAUCAAUAUGAAAGAACGCAGGUUCAGUCUUAUAUUGAACCAGAAAAGAAUUCAGUUUCAACUGAAGACAAAACUGCUAGUUGCCUCGAAACUAAAGAGAGUGAUAUAUUACACACAACAGUAGCCAAAGAUCACAAAGAAUUAAUGAUUGAGAAAAUUAACCCUCAAGAAGAAAUUAGUGAUGAACUAGAAGCUACAAGAGAAAUCUACUCUACGGAAGAUACAAGUCUAGUAGAUCAAGACAAAUCAGUAGGUAUACCUGAAGAGGAGAUAGAUGAAGCACAGAUUCUAGAAGCCCAAGAAGAAGCUACUUUAAUUGAAGAAUCUACUUUAACUAAUAGUACUUUAGAUGUUGUGGAUAAUGAAAACAUCAUUUUAGAAUCUGUAGAACAUUAUGUCGAUCAACAUGCAAAUGAAGAAACACAACUUGAGAACCCGUUCAGGCUUCUUUUAAGUGCAAGUGUGGAAAGUUCUCUAAAAUUAACCACUAAUAAUUGCGAUCAUGGUGAUUCUAACGUAUGCCAAUGCAAAAAAGGUAAUAACACUUCAGCUGACUGGUGCGAUCGUUGCAACUCUGACGUAUGUCAAUGCGAAAAAGAUUAUGAAGAGCAAGCGGAAAUGGCCAAAAAACAACGUCCACGCAGUAUCUUUGUAAUGCACAAUAUCCCAAACGUGCCUGAUGAUAGUGACGAUAGUGAAAAUUCCGAAGAAGAAACCGAUUAUCAGCCACAGUUUUUGAAAAAUAUAGAUCAAAGUGAGGAAAUAAAAAUUACUUGCAACGAAAUUGGUGAGGGCGAUUUUACUGUGCAAGUAAAAACGAAAGAAGAGUUAAAAGCGUGUCUGUUGGCCGAGGGUAGUGGUAAGCCAAAAGAAGAUCCUAAUGAGGAUAAGAGCUAUAGGGAGCUUUUGGAAUGGGACAUUAAAGUGCCUGAUCAAAACAGGAUGAUUUUAAAACCCAUUGAGAGGAAAAGGAGCACUGAAGCUGAGAAGUUUAAAAGUGAGUUGUGCCAAAUGAUUUGCCAGACUAAUAAACCUGUAGAAGAACCUCCAGAGUACUUGGCUGUUCCCCCAAAAGAUAUUGCUGAAAAAGAUGAUAAGAUUUUAUAUGCUAGAAGCUCUUCUAGCGCUAAAGGUACAGAGGUUACAGAAAAUGAUAUUGCUACAACUUUAAAAAUUUCCCAAAAUAUUGCUGUGUAUGAGCAAAAAGAUGGCAUAAUGUACCAGAGUAAGCAAGUUGAAUCUAGCGAUGCAGAUAAUAACAUGGUGAUCAAGGGCAAGAUCGCUGAAGUACGUGAAAGCAUGAAGGAGUUUAAUAGAAAUUUUGAAGAGUUCAAUGAAAGAUCUAGAUUAGCUAGGGAGAAGCUUAUCCAAGAAUAUAAUGAGGCUCUUAAUAAAGAAAUGAAGAUUGUUGAUAAGUUUUUGGCUAUUCAGCAAGAGUCUCCCAAAAGCGAACCAAUAAGGCAAAUAAAGAUUUCUGGUCAGAGAGAGAUCACUGAUGAAUAUUUAAAGAAGCAUUUUGAAGAGAUGGGGAUGUUUAUGCCAGAAGAUAUUGAACAAAGAAAAGUAGUAAAUAAGCCUCAAACGAGACCCUCUGAAGAAGUAAGACGACCAAAGGAAGGGUAUGUAAGUGUAACUGAAACAGAGAGAAGAUUCUUCGACCAGUUGGACACAAUAAAAAAGAUCGUGGAAGAUGAGGAGGAAGAGCAGAGAGAGAAGCAGAAAUUGGAGCAAGAAAUGAAAAAUAAGUAUGAUAGAGAGCAGAUUUUAAAGCAAACCUUAAUGGAAAAUAUUGAGGAACCAACAGAAAUAAAAGACAAUGCGGAAGAUAAUGAACAAUUAUGCGUUGUGACAAGAAAUGUUAUUUGUUCGUUAGAAAUGCAACUUGCGCAAGAUAAGAAGAGUUAGAGUAAACUACAGAUCAAACUUAUUUGGAUCUUAUAAUGUAUUAGGAACUAGAUGACCUUAUGGUUUAAUAAAUAUCACUGCUGUAGUAAUAUGCAAUCUUGAAAUAAACGUUUUAUAGUUUCA